GGUGAUCAGGCGGUGAUGGCCAAUCUUCGAAAAACAAGGGCAGUGGACAAUAAGCUGUCAUCCCAAAUUAGGCAGUUGUGAUGGUAUCCUUUACAGCCGAAUUUCUUUGUCUUUUUUCUCUCUCCCUUUCCCCCCCUUUUUUACCUUAAUCUAAUGUCUACUAGUGAUCGCUCUAGCUUCGCGUCCGACAGAGACCAGAGCUCUACCACUGGCUCUCACAAGGUCAGAUACCAUGCCGAUGAGGAUUGGGAUUUCCAUCUCGACGUGUCUCGCACACCUGUCGACCUCUCGCUGGUACUACCUCACUACCGCGCUCGUAACCAGCCUCUCGACCAUCGGAUGAACAUGUUCGUUGGCAACGAUUCUGGUCAUAUGAAAUUAAAAAUUUGUCGAAACUCUGUGAAAGCAAAAUUCUACCUCGAGAUCCAGUCCACGACUUCGGAUAUCACAGUGUGGUUACCAUCCGACUUCAAGGGCCGGAUACAUUCAACAGGGAAAACGUCCUUUUCCUCUGGGUUCUUGAACCGGAUUAUGCAGAGCGUGCGGCUGAAUGGUGUGGAGCAUGAUGGAUUCGCCGAGGAUGAGGUGGUGGUGAUGUCUUCGGGGCAUGUCACUUUCCGGAUGUGGGAUGUCCUUACGGGUUCACCGGAACGUACUCAGAAGGAGGUGCUGAAGAGAAUGUUUGGCCGAACGCAAAAGGCACCCGAGAUGUCGACGAUGAACUGGGAUUUCCUUCUCGAAGACUAAAAAAAAAGCACUGGAGGGUGGACUGUUGUUUUAUUGACCAUUCCUGCGUCCCUCGAUGGGAAUCCCUAGAUUUAUCCUUCAUAUCAUCGCUUCGCUCGCAGUAAUUUCGCAUACGCAUUGUAUAACUUCAGUAGCACGUACGUGUACAUCACAUGUAGCAAUAUUAUAUCAGAAGAUUGACCCGGUUACAUCACUGGUUAGCAACCGUUAAUGGGCUAUAUUAUAUUGUACAUCAUUCAAUCCUUGUUCAUAAAGCUACAAAAUUUACCCGAAAACUUUCCCUUGUACAUGUCGUACAAUGUCGAGCCAAGUUU